AAAGGUUUCCUCUCCUGAAUGUUUCAGUGUUGCUGCCACAUCCAGUGCUACAAUGGAUGAAGACACUCCAUCUCCACCGCAAAGUCUCAAUCUUGGUGAGGUCCUGGAUACUACAGUGACACUGAAUUAUAUACCCCCUUUAGAACCAAAUGGUGUUAUACAAUACUACAUCAUAGAGAUUGAACAUCCCAAUAAAACAGUGUUUAGCGAGAAUACUGCUGGUCCUGAAACAUCAUACACAGUAGAAAAUCUCAAACCAGCUCAAGACUACAAGUUCUGGGUUAAGGCCAAGAAUGUAGCGUAUACAAGUGAUAGAUCUAAUGAAGUAACCACAAAAACAAAGGAACCAAUGUCUGGGGCUGUGGCAACAUUCUCACUUGAAAGUAAG